AUGCUGUCAUGCAUGAGCAUUAUGGAGGAACUCGGACAACAGCAUGAAGAAGCAAAUGGGUGGACAAUGCUCAGCCAAGCGGAAGAAGCACUACAAAAGGCAAACAGCAAACCUUACCUGAUCCAUUGUUGGGGAUGCAAUGAGGAAGGCCACAACUUCCAAGAGUACCCACACAAAGAGGACUCCCAAGUCCUAAAACGGUUCUAUGAAAAACUGGACAAGUGGAAACAACAAAAGAACGAAGAACGCAAUCAAAUUAGAAAUAAUAAUUCCCAUUAUAGAGGAGGAGGAUAUAUGACCCAAGCAAUCUGCGACACAGUUCGAGCCAUCGAGGAUCCACAGGCGGAAUCGGAGGAGAGGACAAAACUGUUGGUGAAUCCCGUCGAAGCGGUCAUGACCCACACUUCCACAGCAGCAGCAAGGAAAAGACCAAAACGAGCCGCAACCCAGCCGGCACUAUCAUUCGUCACCUUUGGAAGCUUUGCGGCCAUGGAACAAGCCCACUAG